GGGCCUAAGCUUCCCGCUGCCGACCCGCUGGCCGCUUCUCCUCCGCCCUUCCUUCCUCAUGAAGCCGCUGGUCGUGUUCGUCCUCGGCGGUCCCGGCGCCGGCAAGGGGACGCAGUGCGCCCGCAUCGUAGAGAAAUAUGGCUACACACACCUUUCUGCUGGAGAACUUCUUCGUGAUGAAAGGAAGAACCCAGAUUCACAGUAUGGUGAACUCAUUGAAAAGUGUAUUACAGAAGGAAAGAUCGUUCCAGUUGAGAUAACCAUCAGUUUAUUAAAGAGGGAAAUAGAUCAGACAAUGACUGCCAAUGCUCAGAAGAAUAAAUUCUUGAUUGAUGGGUUUCCAAGAAAUCAAGACAACCUUCAAGGUUGGAACAAGACCAUGGAUGGGAAGGCAGAUGUAUCUUUUGUUCUGUUUUUUGAUUGUAAUAAUGAGAUCUGUAUCGAACGAUGUCUUGAGAGGGGAAAGAGUAGUGGUAGAAGUGAUGACAACAGAGAGAGCUUGGAAAAGAGAAUUCAGACCUAUCUUCAGUCAACAAAGCCCAUUAUUGACUUAUAUGAAGAAAUGGGAAAAGUCAAGAAAAUAGAUGCUUCUAAAUCUGUUGAUGAAGUUUUUGAUGAAGUUGUGAAGAUUUUUGACCAGGAAGGCUAAUUCUAAGCCUGAAAACAUCUUUGAAAUCAUGCUUGAAUAUUGCUUUGAUAGCUGCUAUCACAACCCCUUUUGAAGGCAAUUUGAAUCUUUCAUAACAACAUCUCAAUUAAUAGCUAGAAAGUAUAUAGUAAGACAAAUUAAAUUUUUUAUUUUUUGUUACAGGAAUAGACAGUAGAGUCCAGUUAACUUCAUCUUAGUUAUGGUGCUCACAAAACAAAGAAGGGUAUAAGCUAGUUUUUUGUUUUUAUUCAAAAAGAAUAUCUCUUUCAUAGUUUGUGCCUUCUGUGAGCAACACUUUUUAUUAUGCGUGUAUAUCCCUUUAGUGAUUACACCAUGUUGGGAUUUAGGGAUACCUACUUCCCCUUUGUCCUGCAGGUUUUAAAUUUCCAACCUAAAGUGAAUUUGUGGACCAAAUUCCAAAGGAACUUUUUGUGUAUCAAUUCUUACAUAAUGUGUUUGGUAAACAAACUGAUAAAAUAGAUUCCUAACUGUUUUAGUAUUUAUCAAAUAACUGACCAUUUCCUAUAGAAAUAAAAUUUAGGCUUUGUUUUACUACAACUUAUACAAAGUUGUAUGACAGGGCAUAUUCUUUGCUUCCAAGGUUUGCGUUGGAGGCACUCGGGGUUCAGAGCCUGGCAGAACUGUCAGCUUUAUUCUGACGUAAUAUGAUGGUAUGGGGCAAGGAUCACAUCUAAUGCUGUGUUCCUUAUACUUUCUUAUAUAGUGUUAUUCAUGAUUCAGCUGAUCUUAAAAUUCCUAGCAGUGGAACUUUGAAAUGCACGUGGCUAGGUUUAUGCUAAAAUUAGUCAGUCAACAUUUUAGUAACACCUCAAAGUUUUUGUUUGUUUUCUAGACUAAAUAUAGGGCUAGGAUAAAUUAGAAGCAGCAAUCUAAUGGUUAAGUUUUCCACUUGUGUUUUAUUUUCUUGAAUACUUUUUUCAUAGUUAUUUGUUUAAGAAGAUUUGAAAAUUAUUGCACUUUGAUCAGAAAAAUAAUAAAUAUAUCUUAUAAAUGUUUGAUUCCCUUUAUUUUUUGGCAUCAUGUUGAAGCAUUGAAAGAUGCAGAAUUUUAAAAAGGCUAUACAGUCCAAAUGAAUAUUCUUUUACAUUCAUUCUUCCUUUAAAAAUCUCUGAGAAAUUUCUCCUUUCUUUUUUUCCCUUUAUCACUAAUGCUAAGUGGUAUCCAAGGUUCUUAAUAAGAGAUUUCUUAAAAUGUUUCUCAUUUUCAGCACUCACAUCAUUUGGUACACAGGGUUAAAUAGGACAAGAAAUUUUGUCUUUGUACAUAGGUUUGAUAUGUAAAGUCAUUGGGAGCAUUGGGAAUAGUCAUAGGACAAGUUAAUGGAUUUUUUAUAUUGUAAUAGAAUCAUCUAUUUCUGUUAUGAAAGUCAUUUGUUAAUGAUAAAUUUUCAACAUACUUGCCAUUCAAAAAUAAAAUAUUGCUAAGUACUGUAACAUAUUGGCCACCAAAAUUUGUAUUGAGAUUACCUUGUUUUCUUGGAAAAGAUUGUUCUGAGUCCUUACCUAGUGUUUCAGUCCAGCCAAUACAGAGGUGGUUUAAUCUAACAGUUCUAGUAUGAAACAAGAGUAAAGACUAAGGUUUUAAGAGCAUUCCUACCAAAAGGCUGCGAAGCGAUGGGCAUUCCUACUAACAUAAGUGAAGAAAUCUGCUAGAUGAGACUAAAUAUAGUGAUAUUGUGAAAGUAACCUUAAAGUUUGGAAGAAGACUGUUGAGACUAGGUGCUUUGCUUCCUAUUAUCAGAUACCGUUCUGUGACAUUUAAGAACAGAAACUAAGAAACAUAGUAAUUACUAAAUUAUGAGACUUUGCUUUUUGUUUGCUUUUAAUUAGAAAAACGUGUUGGCUGUUUUGAGUUUUGGAAUUGAUUGAGAUACAUCUGACUUCACUAGUUUGGUCAUUCCAUUUGUUAAAGAUACAGUCACCAAAAAGUUUUUGUGUUUUUUGAAAGACCAUAAUUUAAGCCUUGCUAAUUUUAAAAAAACAACAUUAUUUCUAUUUGGUGAUGUUGCGUGUAUAUGAAUUAUUUAGUAAAUAACCUUAAUAAAGUUUAUGCUGUGGCCUUUGCUA